CAACAUGGCGGCGCAGUGCUUGUCAAAAUACUCAAUGUUGUGGAUGAAUUAAUUGAGUUUAGUUAAAUUACGAGAAUUAACAGUUUCCUAAAUAGGCAUCAUGCCUUCAGAAAAGAAACAUCGGUCUAAAGAAGAUACCUGGGGUGCUGAAGAACUUUCCAAGUCAAUAAAGGAAGUAAACUCAGACAGAAGGAAACACAGGGACAGAGAUAAGGAAAAAGAACGUAGAAGUAGACACAGGGAUGACGACAGAAAUGAUUCUGCUGAAAAGCGACACCGAGAUAGAAGAAAAGAUAAAGGAAGAGAUGAUGAUAAAAAUGAUGAUGAUAGAAAACAUAGAGAUAGAAGACACAGAGAGGAUGGAGAACCUAGAGACAGAGGUAAGGAAAAAGAACAUAGAAAGGAUAAAGAGAGAAGAGAACAUCACCGUGAUGAUGAUGACAGGCAUAAAGAUCGAGAUAAGCAUAGAGACAAGGACAGAGAAAAAGACAGGGACAGAGACAGAGAAAGAAAACAUGCCGAGGACGAUGAUAGACGGAGAAGAGAUGAAAGGAGGCGGCGGAGGAUUGAAGAAGAGGAACAAGAACAAGCAGAAAGACGGAGAAGAAAACAAAGGGAAGAAGGAGAGGAUGAAGACAGGAGGAGUAAGGAUGAAAGAAGGAGAAGAAAGAUAGAAGAAGAAGAGCAAGCACAAGCUGAGAGACGAAGAAGAAAACGUAGAGAAGAAAAAGAAGAUGAAGGUGAAAGGAAACCGGAUAGAGAGAGAAGACACAGAGACAAGAAUGAUGAUGACAGCAGGGAUAGAAGUCAUCGAGAUCGAGACAGAGAGAGAAGACACAGAACAGAUGAAGAUGAUGAAGAAAGAAGAAAACGACAUGAAGAGAAGAAAAGAAGGAAGCAAGAGGAGGAAGAGCGACAAAGAAAGUCAGAUGAAAGAAAUGGUGAUGAGAGGAAUAGAUCAAAAAGAGACAAAAACAAGGGUGCAAUUCAACGACAUCAGGGCAAAGGUCAAAGUUUUAAAGUGAAACGACAGGCUGAAAACGCACCAACUGUAGAUUAUGAAGAACAACCUAGGAAAGAAGAGGAAGGGAAGCAGGUUGUCAUGGGCAAGGAGGAUGAUUACAAUUAUGAUGAUGAUGAUUUUGAGGACUAUGAUGAUGAUUUUGAAGAUGACGAUGGAGAUGAUGGUGCACCAACUCGUAUAUUAUCUGCCCAAGAACGAGAGAUGGAGGAGUUACGGAGAGCUUUGGCUGAAGAGAACACAUCCUCUAAGCGCAGACAGUAUGACAGAGAUGAUUAUGCUAGCCAAUCACCGUCCAGUGAUACAUAUCGUCCAAGAACUGGUAGAGGUGGCCGGUCAUUCGUCAACUUUGUUGCCGCAACACAGCGAGUGAUCAGUGACAAGGUGUCGUCUAAGACUAAAAAACGAGGCAAGGAGUUGAUGAGACUGAUAGAUUUGGACAUUGCUUCAUUUGAUAUGUUUGAUCUACCACCAUUAAAAGAAUAUGAAUUGUAUAUCAAGAAUUUUGGCAGGUCAGACACAAGACAGGCAUAUGUGCAAUGUAAUGAAGACAAUAUUGACAGAGACAUACAGACGGAGGAUAUAGAAUACAGACAGAAAUGGACUCAGUAUCCAGCGGAUGAUAUGAUAGGAUGUGGAGGUGGUGAUGGUGAUACCAUAGAUGAUGAAGAGGAAGCUAUUUACACUGCAAAAAAGAAAGAUAUAGACUCCGUUAGAUUGGUCAACUUUUUACAAAACUCAGGGCAGGUGGUAUCUGUUCUCUUAGAAGAAAACUUAGCAGACAAAACUAGUGGUACAUUAACGAACAAUCAAAGGCAGAUUGUGUUUAGUGAGGGCUAUAUUGAACUUAAUUCAAAACUACCUUUCCUAAAACAUCGUCAUGUUGUGUAUCUACAUUUCCAUCCAGUACAAACGCAUUUAAUUCUCACUGCCUAUAGUAUGCCUCAAAAAGCAUCAUCUAAGAAUAAAUUAUACAGUAAAGGUUUAAUCUGUCUAUGGAAUGUUAAUGAACCAACGCGACCUCAGAAGGUCUUAUCAUGUGAAUCUGCUCCACUGUGUUGUUGUUUUAGUCCGUCCAAAGCCACGUUAGCGUUUGCAGGCACAGUCGAUGGAACGGCUGUUGUAUGGGAUUUACGAGAGCCAUCAUCGAUGCAUCAUACGCACAAUAUAGAAAGUGAAGAGUGGUUGAUACGAAUGCCAACAUAUAGCACUGAUGGUAUACAAUGUGAAGACAACCAUCAUAGCCCUGUAGUGACAGUCCUACCAAUCGUGUCACCCACGGAUAGUUUUAAGGCAUUGUUACCUAAAGGUGCUGGAGCUGGCAAUGUCAGUGAUGAGACAGCGGGUUUAUCAUUCCAAUUAGCAACAGUAGAACAACAAGCAAUAAUUAAUUUCUGGACAGUAGUUGAAAUAUCCAAACCAGACAAAGCAGGUUCUGAGUCCGAUUUAGGUCUCAUUCCCGGCGGCAAAGUUAAACUUAUAAAAAGUUCCAAUGUGAAAUUAAUAUCUCCAGUCCGAGAUGUGAAGGUUAACACAGCGAUACAAGCAUUUCAAAUGCAGCUACUACCCAAAGAUCCUAAUCAUCUAUAUGUAGGAACUGAUCUGGGCUAUGUAUUACAUGCAGUGAGGUAUGGUGGUAAAGCUCCUCCGAAUGCAUUCAAAUCUGAAAUAGAUGUUCCUGUUGAUGUUGUAGCAGUCGAUUUCUCACCAUUUGGCCUGCCAUGUUUCUUAGCUGGUUGUGUGGAUGGUUCUCUCAGAUUACACAGCACCACAGCAGAACAGCCACUAGUUACAUGGCCAAACUCCACCUCUGGGAUGGCUGUAGUCAAUGUGAAAUGGUCACAGAGUAGACCAGCUGUGUUUUUUGUCAUAGAUGAGACAGCAAAGGUGUAUGUAUGGGAUUUAUUACAUAGUGAUGGUAUACCGAUCAAAAUUGAACAGUUCAAUGGUGGAAGAUUAACAGCAUGUAGUCUAUCUAAUGACCAUGCAGCUACAGGGUUUGGAUUACAGGGCAGAAGACCUGAAAUAGCUAUUGGUGUUGGUAAUGGUGAUGUUGAGAUCCACAGACUCAAUCAACAGUUCUACCAAGCGUCACCGGAUGAACUUGAUAAAGUCACUAAUUUCCUUGAGAGAAUCAUGUGA